AUGCGUGUCCAAUCUCUUCUCCUGGCCGGUGCUACCGCUGCCACCGCUGCCCAGACCGUCACUCUCUUCCUGCCCGGAUUUGACAGCCAGGAUAUCCAUGCCAAAGUCCUCGGCUCGAGCGGUUCCAUGACCACCUACCUUCUGGGGUGCCCCGCUGGCACCGACUCCAAUGACUGCGGCAUCCCCAAAUUUGGCGUCACCGCCAUCCAGGGCGUCUCAACCGCCACGAUCGCAUAUGCAUUCGGCCGCAGGACCGUCGAGGAGAAGUGCAGCUACGACUCCACCAUGGCCGUCUGCGAAGCCUCCAUGGACGAGGAAGGUCUUACUACUUCCUUCAGUACGUCGGUGCCGUUGACUGAGUUCCCCGGUCGCGUACUCAUGCCCGUGACCAUCACCGGAACCCAGACUGGUGCUGCCGCAGCGGCUACCACCGGUGCCUCGGUUUCUGCUACUACCGCUGCCUCUACUGGUACCUUGGCUACCACUGCUUCGACUUCCGGUACCACUGCUACUGGUACCGAGACCAACAGCGCUGCUGCUACCAGCACGACUGAGACUGGUAACGCUGCUAUGCCUAUGAUUACUGGUAACGCCCGCUGGGCUGCUGGUGGUGUUGCUGCUGCCAUUGCUCUGGCUGCUCUCUAA